GUGGACAUUGUGGACGGCAAUGAAACAAUAGAUUUUUUCCUGAUUCGUUUUCAUCUUGAUUCCGGGUAAAUAUCAUGUUUCAGGGUGUAAUUGAUAUUCAUUAACUUUUUUGCCCUCGGAAAAAAAAUACUCUUGGUAUUUCAAAAAAAACAUGUGUUAUUGAAAUGCUUUGUUUAUAGCGAAAGUGCGCUUAGCUGUAAAUGCAACGAGCUAGUCUAGAAUGCUGACUCCACAGAAAUAAUUUAAAACGAAUAAUUCAAAUAGAGCAAAAUAGAAUUAGAAACCCCAGGCCUGUUGAAUGGAGACAACCAGUUGCAUUAGCCUGUUCCAGGCGUUCAGAUAGUGGGGAGCGGUGCGAAAAGGAACAGGCUAAAUUUGGGUAUGCACAAGUUUAGCUUAAGAUUUUAACUGGGGGCGUCCGCCCAGGGACUUCGAGAAUUGAACCAAAUUUCCCGGUGUUCUCGGGAAAUCCGAGUUCGCUCACCCGAAUGAAACGGCUUUUUGUUAUAUUUUUUAGAAAUUCAAGUCAUGGAAGCAACGUAUCAUUUGAAAUCUAUGGUAUGAAUUCCACUGAUGACGGCAAACUACGGCUUGUGUAUGGUAUUCUUCAACAAUUACUGCCGACAGUGAAACGGGACCUUUAUGAAAAAGUGGAUGGGAAAACUACAGACUCGAAUUCUCUCAGUCCUGAAGAGUCUCCCUUGCUUCCUCAGUCAGUGAGGAUGCACCGUGAAGCAAACACAUCAGAUAAG